ACUCCACACCGGGAAGGGAGGGAAGGAGGGCAGGCGGCCGGUUUAGACCGAGGCGCUUUCCUCCGCCCCGCUUUUCCCCUUUUUCUUCCUUCCCCAGAAGUGAAGGACAGCCCGUCCGCGGCUUUCCCUGCAGCCCCGCCUGCGCCUGUCGGGGGCCGCGCCUGCCCCGAGCGCGCCCGGCCGCACCGUGGGGUCCCGGGCGCCGCUCGCCGGGGCAGAGGGGCAGGAUGGCGGCGCCGGCCGGCUGGGUGCUGUGCCUGUGCCUGUGCCUGGGCUGGAGCUGCCUGUGCCUGCCGCCGGCCGACGCGCUGCGGCCGUGCCGGGUCGGGCUGCGGCGCCGGGCGGCGCCGGGGGACGUGCGGGACGGCAGCGCCCGGGCGGCCGCAGGUGACGACGGCCCGGGGCAGCGGCGGCACGGGCGGCUGCCGGCGGCGGACAGGGUCGCGGAGCACAUGCUGCGGCUCUACGAGCAGUACCGGGGGACCCGGCACCCGCCGGUAGGGCCACCGCUCCCCCGGGGCAACACGGUGCGCGGCUUCCGCCCGCUGCCGACAGGGAGGCCUGAAGACCAGGAAAUGUACGUUUUUAACUUGACAUCGCUCACAGAGUCUGAAAACGUCUUGUCGGCUUCAGUGUAUUAUUAUAUUGGUGAUCUACUGCGUGUCAAGUGGAACUGUUCGCAGUCCAGUGGCUGCUCUCGUCACAGGCAUAGGAGACCUGACAUUCAGAUAUGUCUUUCGGUUUGGGCCUUUCCUUCUGUUGGGAACCAGACUCGGAGCCUGGGACAUUUCCUAAUAAAUGUCUCCACUGCUUACCCGGACAUCCUUUCUUGGCAAUGGAAGGAUAUCACUCGGCUCCUGCAUGAAGCAAAGCAAAACAACGAACUGCUAAUCAGCGUCAAAAUGGCUCUGUCUGGCCAUCACCCCUGGGAAAGGGCAUCUUCUUGCUGUGAACCCUACAUCCUGAUUUAUGCCAAUGAUUCUGCUAUCUCAGAGCCCGAGAGUGUCAUCUCAACUUUGCGAGGACAUCGUCAUCCUCUGGCAAGAGUCUUUCCCAAGCCAGAAAGCCAUGUGAGGAGCAGCCUUGGGAAGCACCGGAGGAAACGUUCUGCAAACAUCCUGUUGCCACUGCAGAAUAACGAGCUGCCGGGAGCCGAGUACUGGUACAGCAAGAAGGAGAGAGGGGAAGACAGAAAACCUUAUAAAACCUUCCAACCGCCGUUAGCAGAGAGGGCCAAGAGUAAGAAAAAACAAAGGAAGAAUCAUCCUCAGAAGAGCCAGACUCUCCAGUUCGAUGAGCAAACGCUGAAGAAGGCGAGGAGGAAGCAGUGGAAUGAACCAAGGUAUUGUGCCCGGCGCUAUCUCAAGGUGGAUUUUGCAGACAUCGGCUGGAGCGAGUGGAUUAUUUCCCCUAAGUCCUUUGACGCCUAUUACUGCUCAGGGGAAUGCCAAUUUCCUAUUCCAAAGGCCUUGAAGCCAUCCAACCACGCCACCAUCCAGAGCAUAGUGAGAGCCGUUGGAGUUGUUCCUGGCAUUCCUGAGCCUUGCUGUGUUCCUGACAAAAUGUCUUCUCUUAGUAUCUUGUUCUUUGAUGAAAACAAAAAUGUGGUUCUGAAGGUGUACCCCAACAUGACAGUGGAGUCCUGUGCAUGCAGAUAACACCCUGUGAGGCUUUCUACGAUGCUGAGGUGAACACCUGCUGUUUGGGGAAGGGGGGUGGGUGAGGCUCUCAUCAUACCUAUAUUUUGUUUGCACUGCCAAUGCGUUUCCUUAGGACAAAAAAGACAAUGUAAACAAAUCCAGACAGUGAGGAUGGAAAUGGAAUGGGUUCCAAGGGGAGAGAAUACGAACUUCAUUUGUCUGUCAAUUUGACCAACACGCAAGUCUUGGGAAUGGGACCUGACCGUUUCUGUUGAAAUGGAGAGAUGAAGGAGGAAUUUGCAGAUUUUCAAGACUGCCAGAAGGACAUAGUGUACUGUUUCUAUACAAGAUUUUGGAAGCGGCAUGAACUGUUAAUUCUUAUCUCUCUCCUUAUGGUGACUCAUGGAGGGGGGGGUUAGAGAUGUAAUGUUCUUCAUUUUAAAGCUAAGCUUCUUGCCUUAGGUUAUUGUGCAGCAAGGAGGCACAGUAAAUCUGGCAUCCUAAAAGCCUAAAAGGUAAUCCAGCUUAGACAUACAUCUCCCUUGGUACGACAUGCCAACUCACCUCAUCUCUCUACUCGUUUUCAUGGACUUCUUCUUUGUAAUUCAGCUUUUUGGAGCUCAGUGCCCUCCGUCGUAAGAACACAAGCCAUGACUGCUGAGUUCAUAUCUGUGAUUUCUCAAAAGCACAGACUUUUCUGUUCUGGACAACUUCUCCUACAGUGGCAGCUUAACAGGCCAGGGGUAUGAAAGUAUCACCCUCAGAGAAGUGUCUGAGUGACUUGUUCCUGACAAGUAUUCUAGAAUGUCGUUGCAAAUAAUCUCUGGAUUUUCUACCUGAAAGGAGGUUGUUGCCAGGUAGGGAUCAGCCUCUUCUCCCAGGUAACAAGCAACAGGACAAGAAGUCAUAGCCUCAGGCUGCACCAGAGCAGGUUCAGUCUGUACAUCAUGAAGAAUUUCUUCAUGGAAAGGCUGGUCUGGCAUUAGAAGGGGCUGCCCGGGCAGUGGUGGAGUCACCAUCUCUGGAGGUGUUCAAGAAGUGACUGGAUGUGGCACUCAGUGCUCUGGUCUAGUUGACAAGGUGGUGACUGGUUUUUCCCUAGUUUGGGGACACUGAACUCAUCAGGAGCAGUGUCAGUCCUGCCUGCUGAGCAGCCUCGGGGCCACCAGUGGCUGUGCUCCGCAGCAGGGCUGGCCCCAAAGUUUGGCACCCUCAACUCUGAGGAGAGACUGGGCGGUGUGCAGAAGACUGGUGGUUUGAUUAAUGCCCUAUUAUUGCUUGUAAAAGCAGCAUUUUCACGUGAUUUCUGGUGAAAGAUUUAUCUCUAUAUAGGCUGUCAAUUUAAAAAAAAAGGAAAUCACUGUCCAAAGGAAAAGUUAUUUCAUGUGUGGAAAGAAAGUUUUAUGGAUGCUUUUUAUUUAUUUUAUAUGUCCUCCUAAUGUAUCCUUCCUUAUCUCAGCACUCUUUCAACAGUGCAGUUUUCUUUGUCAGUGCAAAGAUGAAGUAGCCAGACCAUAGUGGAGUUCCAAGGACAGGUGCAACCAUGUUGUGAAGGGCGUGCUUCACUACUUCUGGAUAAGCUUGCCUGACCUGUAUUUUUUCCCUUCAGUAAUGGGAAACUUUUGUUGGGAACUCUGUAGAAAAUAAAAAAUCAAAUUGCUUUUUCAAAGAAAAUUCUUCUUUUUCUGUGUGGUAUUCAUAUCUUUCAGAGAACAUCUUCCCUGCACUCAGCACUCUGUAACUGUGUCCUGUGUCCAGUGCUCAUUCCCAAGGCCCCUUUGCAGAGUUUGUCCCUACAGACAGAGGCGCACAGAGGCCGGGGUGUGUGUGCUGUUAGUUUGAGGUGGGUCUGUGAGCACAUAUUCUGAUCCCAGUAAAGCCAUGUCCUAAAGCUUCAUGGGCUGAUCUCCCUGCAGCACCGUCGUAGGGUAGGGCUGAGACAUCUGGCACUGACUGGAUCGCAGGUGGAGUGGAUCCUGAGCGGGAGACGAGGCAACAUCCACAUACGGGUGAGCUCUCCUACAAACUCUCCACCAGUGUGCUUCGCUGCAGUUGCUGUGGGGGCUGGAGUGAGAAGCAGCUGGAGGUGUUUGCUCUCUGCUCGGUCCCCGCCUUCUCCUCAGUUCCCUGGGACUCCAG